AUGGUGGUGGUGCAGCCCAUCACCCUCAUCUUCAGGUAUCUCCAAAAUCGGCUGCAAAUUCUAUUGUGGCUAUAUGAGCAAGUAAAUACGCAAAUAGAGGGCUGCAUAAUUGGUUUCAAUGAGUAUAUAAAUCUUGUAUUGGAUGAUGCAGAAGAGAUUCACUCUAAAACAAGCUCAAGGAAACAACUUGUUCAGAUCAUGCUAAAAGGAGACAACAUUUCUACAAAGUGUCUCUAA